AGUCCUGCAGACCAGACGCAGUGCGAGUGCGGCUCGGGACCAUGGCUGGCCUGAGCCCCGCGCCGCGCCGCGCUGGGAAGCUCUUUCUGGGGUGACCGUAUGGGAAACCGGUAUCAGUUUGGCGUUUUUAGAGGGGCGGAAUUGGGAUGCGAAGUCCUGAUGGAUGAAUCGAUCUGGCGCACCCACGCCGACUGAAAAGCCUGUUGUCUGCCCCCGACGGCCCGGGAAGGAGCCAUCGGGUUGCUUGUGCCUGCCUCAUUCUUCACAAUUCCCUUUCAGCCUUUUGUGUCCAGAGUGCAAGACUCAUCUUCACUUCUCUUCCCUAAUCUUCAUUGUCUCACUCUCGCCGCUUGCUUCCCAACUGGCUUCAGAAUAGCGAGCCCGUUCUUUGGUUCAUCCAGCAGCAGUCGGCGUGUCCACACUGUUGGCGCUACGAGCAUGCUACACCUACAUUUGAUGCCGUACUAGCCCAUACCCGAGGCGAUCGUCUGCGCUGUUACGGCAGACGGCCCCCAUCCAUUUUCGUCAUCACAAGCUCACAACAACAGGCUUGAGAAGCGCAACUUUACCGUUCAGUUGCUGCCCCCGAGAGCCAGUCUCGUCGCAAGGAAGGCCAAGGCCUCUCGGCGACCAUGGCGGAGCCGCCUGAGAAGACGAACCUCGAGCUCAAGGCGCCAGAUGCUCUCGCCGCCGCCGUGCAGCCCACCGUUUCCAACGACAGCCAGCACACGCGCCUCGAGCCGACCUCAAGCAGUCCUCCAGAAGCUGACACUGAGAUUAAGAACGACGAUGAUGUCAACGUUGAAAAGGGCCUCGAGGACGGCAGUGGCCGGAGCCGACCCAAUGCCCUCAACUUGACCAAGAGCUAUGCAACCGAUACGAGCGCCGUCACGGCGGCCACAGCGGCCGCUGCGCAAAAUGUUCAUAAGCCGUGGUACAGGGAGGUGAACCCGUUGCGCUGGGGCGGCAUCCCGAAAGUCCCCGACGAGCGACUUGUUUCGCGCGAGUAUCAGGCCGGCUUCCUCAGCAAGUUGACUUUUCAGUGGAUGACACCACUCAUGUCGGUAAGAAAUUGCAAUCCUCAUAAACUCACCGCCAGAUACCCAGCAUCUGCAUGCCUCCCCUGUACUGGGUGAUUUUGAGAGAGACAUGUCGCUGACUGGUCAUCAUUCGUGUACAGACAGGGUAUAAGCGACAGCUAGAACCACGCGACAUAUGGACUGUCAACCCCGAACGUGCCGUCGAGCCUCUGACGGUAAGCGUCAAAGACGCUUUCCAGCGUCGGGUCAAGAAUGGCCAGAAGAAUCCUCUUUUUUGGGCCCUGCAUGAGAGCUUUCGCUUUGACUUUUGGCUCGGUGGUUUUGCUGCCGUGCUGGGCACCGUCCUCCAGGUCAUCUCGCCUUUUACCUUGCGCUUUCUCAUCCAAUUUGCGACCGACGCCUGGGUCGCAAAUGUCUCCAAUGGGCCCGCUCCGCCUAUCGGCCAUGGAAUUGGGCUGGUCAUUGGCAUAACCCUCAUGCAAAUCAUACAGAGUUUCUGCAUCAGCCACUUCAUCUACCGCGGGAUGAUGUUGGGUGGCCAGAGUCGCGGCGUCCUCAUCGGAUUGAUCUACGAAAAGGCCAUGGUCAUUUCGGGUAGGGCCAAGGCCGGUGGUGUUCGCGACACCCUCAUGCCCGAGACGGAUGAUGUGGAUGAGAAAGGGAAGGAAAACGAAGGUACUACACCCGCGGCCGGCGCAGGGAAAACCAAGAACAAGAAGAGCAAAAAAGACAAGAAAGGCAAAAACCCGCAGGACGGACUGGGCUGGGCCAACGGCCGCAUCGUCAACCUGAUGAGUGUCGACACGUACCGCGUUGACCAAGCCUGCGCCCUCUUCCAUAUGAUCUGGACGUCACCCAUUGCAUGCCUCAUCACUCUGAUCCUCCUCCUGGUCAACUUGACGUACAGCGCCCUCGCCGGUUUUGGUUUGCUGGUCAUCGGCGUGCCCGCUUUGACGCGCGCCAUACGAAGCUUAUUUCGGCGCCGCAAGAAUAUCAACAAGAUCACCGAUCAGCGUGUCUCUCUCACUCAGGAAAUCCUGCAGUCGGUUCGCUUCGUCAAGUACUUUGGCUGGGAAAAGGCAUUUAUUGGCCGACUUGGCGAGAUUCGGUCUAAGGAGAUUUACGCCAUCCAAAUUCUGUUGGCUAUUCGCAAUGCCAUAAACGCCGUGAGCAUGUCAUUGCCCAUUUUCGCAUCAAUGCUCUCCUUCAUCGCCUAUUCCUUGUCAAACCACGACCUUGCUCCGGCUCAAGUCUUCUCGUCGCUCGCACUAUUCAACGGUCUGCGUAUUCCGCUCAACCUGCUGCCUCUUGUUCUCGGUCAGGUAACCGACGCCUGGUCCUCUCUGAAGAGGAUUGAAGAGUUUCUCAUGGAAGAGGAACAAGAGGAAGACGUUAUCCACAGACCCGAAGGCGAAAGCGCGGUCGAGUUGCACGAUGCCUCGUUUACAUGGGAGAGAACCCCAACACAGGACCCCGACAAGGGUUCGAUUGGAAAGAACAAGAAGCCUCCUGCGUCCAAGGCAAGCAAGCCACAGGACGGUCAGCGGCCUGCCUCGCCAGGGGAAGAUACCACUAGCACUCUGGUUGAGGAGCGAGAGCCGUUCAAACUGCACGACCUCAAUCUACGUGCAGGGCGCAACGAGCUCAUUGCCGUCAUUGGUACGGUCGGCAGCGGCAAGAGCUCUCUUCUCGCCGCUCUGGCGGGUGACAUGCGGAAGACAAACGGCAACGUCGUCUUCGGCGCGUCGCGAUCGUUUUGCCCCCAGUACGCGUGGAUCCAAAACACAUCGCUCCAAAACAACAUCACUUUCGGCAAGGAAAUGGACCGGGAAUGGUACAGAGAAGUCAUUCAGGCAUGUGCUCUUCAGUCGGAUCUGGACAUGUUACCAAACGGAGAUCAGACCGAAAUAGGAGAACGCGGCAUCACCAUCUCCGGAGGACAGAAGCAACGAUUAAACAUUGCUCGCGCCAUCUAUUUCGAUGCGGAUGUUGUGCUUAUGGACGACCCUCUCAGCGCCGUCGAUGCCCACGUUGGUCGACACAUCUUUGACAAUGCAAUUCUCGGGCUGCUCAAAGACAAGUGCCGUAUCCUCGCUACUCAUCAACUUUGGGUGCUUUCGCGCUGCGACCGCAUUGUAUGGAUGGACGCUGGCAAAAUCCAAGCCGUCGAUACCUUUGACAACCUCAUGCGUGACCAGAGCGGCUUCCGCACGCUUAUGGAAACGACAGCGGUUGAGGAGCAGGAAGAGCGAGCAGAGAAGACGGACAUCCCUGUUGUGGAUGCCGAGGAAGAAAAGAAGAAGAACAAGAAAAACAAAAGGGGAGCGGCGCUGAUGCAGCAAGAAGAAAAGGCAGAAGCAAGCGUGCCGUGGUCCGUCUACGGCGCAUACGUGCGGGCCUCAGGUUCAAUGUUCAACGCUCCCCUCGUCAUCUUCGUCCUUAUCCUCUCGCAGGGAGCGAACAUCAUGACAAGUCUCUGGCUAUCCUACUGGACCUCCGACAAGUUCGGCCUGUCCACGGGGCAGUACAUUGGCAUCUAUGCGGGUCUCGGAGCCGUCCAAGCCCUCCUCAUGUUUCUAUUCUCCGUUUUGCUCUCGAUAUUGGGUACCAACUCUUCCAAGGUCAUGCUUCGCGAUGCCGUCACUCGUGUUCUCCGGGCACCCAUGUCCUUUUUUGACACGACGCCUCUCGGCCGCAUCACGAAUCGGUUCUCACGCGAUGUGGAUGUCAUGGACAACAAUUUGACGGAUGCGAUCCGCAUGUACUUUUUUACCCUGGCCAUGGUGACCGCCGUGUUUGCGCUCAUCAUUGCCUUCUUUCACUACUUCGCCAUUGCUCUGGUGCCGCUUUACUGCCUCUUCAUCCUUGCCGCCUCCUACUACAGGGCAUCGGCACGCGAGGUGAAGCGUUUCGAAUCCGUCUUGCGGUCUCACGUCUUCGCCAAGUUCGGCGAGGGCCUCAGUGGUGUGGCUUCCAUCCGAGCAUACGGACUUAAAACGCGAUUCGUCGACGAGCUGCGGGUUGCGAUCGACGAGAUGAACGGGGCGUAUUACCUUACAUUUUCGAACCAGCGAUGGCUGUCCAUCCGCCUCGACAUGAUUGGCAACGCCCUCGUGUUCACAGUUGGCAUCCUAGUGGUGACGUCUCGCUUCAGCGUCAACCCGUCCAUUGGCGGGCUCGUGCUCAGCUACAUUCUGGCCAUUGUGCAGAUGCUGCAAUUUUCUAUUCGGCAGCUUGCUGAGGUAGAGAAUGGCAUGAACGCUGUUGAGCGCCUGCGUUUUUACGGUACACAGCUAGAGGAGGAGGCGCCGUUGCAUACCGUCGAGGUGCGAGAGACGUGGCCUGAAAAGGGCGAGAUUGUCUUCAGUGACGUCGAGAUGCGAUACCGUGAGAACUUGCCUUUGGUUCUCCAAGGUCUCUCCAUGCACGUCCGAGGAGGCGAACGGAUCGGCAUCAUUGGCCGCACGGGCGCCGGAAAAAGCUCCAUCAUGAGCACGCUCUUCCGGCUGGUUGAAAUCUCGUCAGGAUCCAUCACCAUUGACGGCGUCAACAUCUCUACGAUUGGGCUAUACGACUUGCGCUCCCGGCUUGCCAUCAUCCCACAAGAUCCAACGCUCUUCCACGGGACUGUUCGGAGCAAUCUUGACCCGUUCAGCGAGCACACGGACCUGGAGCUUUGGUCUGCCUUGCGACAGGCGGACCUGAUCCCCGCGGAUGCGUCUUUCGAGGACCGUAAGACGGACCCGUCUCGCAUCCACCUGGAAUCCAUCGUUGAGGAGGACGGACUCAACUUCUCCCUCGGCCAGCGCCAGCUCAUGGCCCUCGCCCGCGCCUUAGUGCGCGGCUCGCAGAUUAUCGUCUGCGACGAGGCUACGUCGAGCGUCGACAUGGAGACGGAUGACAAGAUCCAGCGAACCAUGGCCACGGGGUUCCGUGGCAAGACACUCCUGUGCAUUGCCCACCGGCUGCGCACAAUCAUCGGCUACGAUCGCAUCUGCGUCAUGGAUGCUGGGCAGAUCGCGGAGCUGGACACCCCGGCCGCGCUGUGGGACAAGGGCGGCAUCUUCAGGGGCAUGUGCGACAGGAGCGGUAUCCGGGCCGAGGACAUACAGGGCGCGAGGGAGGGCCUCCGCGAACUGGACACGAGCGCAGCGGGGGCACCGAGCAGCGGCAUGCAAAAGUGAUAUUUUGUCCCGUGCGAAGGACUUUGUGGCCGUCGCAUUUAUUCUACAGGAGGAGUAUUUUGGCGACCCAUGUGAGACUGCAGGAAGAGGUGCAAAGUAUAUGCGAUGACGAUAUGAGGAAGAAUUGGGUACUAUUACAUAGCAUGCCGCCUCGUGCAUUGACUGACCAUGGCGACGGGCGUUGCAUUGGCAUAACUAGCAGCAUUAACGAUUUCGCUGGACACAUGUUAUUAAUUUACAAAUCACAUACC